GGCCAGUCAUGACGUCAGAAACCUGCGACAUGGCACGAAGGACCGCGCCGUAAUGAGUGAAGGAGAAGCUCGUAAUGUUAAUGAAAAUAGCAAUAUAAAAUAGUUAGCGCUCGUUAUUUACAGCAGACAGACUAUUAUUUCGCGACUGGUAAUGUUUGUGUGAUGUUUAAUUUUUUUUUUUUUUUUUUUUUUUUAAAUCUAAUUCAGAAAACAAUGGUGUAGAAAUCAGCCGAAACUGGAGGAACUCCAAACCCCGUAGCUAUAGAUACACAAGGGGUGAUGAUGAUGGGUGUAGUGUGUUUGCGGGAUGCUGCAGUGGGUUUAUUGUAGAAAUGAAGUGCGUCCCGUGAGAACUACAGAUAACAGUUUACUUCAUGCAUAUUCUCUAGAAAACGACAAAGUUUGUGGAAUGCAUUUCUUCAAAAAAUGCUCCGUGUUUAAAGUGGUGCUGAGUGCCCUGCUUAUGGUAGCCCUGCUGCAGCUGAUCUACUUGUCGUUCCUGUCAAAGCUACACGGCAAACAGCAGCGCUACAAGUACUCAGAGCUGUUCGGCUCCAAGAGGAACGCACAAACCAAUGAGAAGAACUCCAAACGAGAACGCCUGAGAUACUCCUUAUCCAGUGGAGGCAUCUUCGACAGCAGUGGUCAGUACCGUGUGUACAAAAACCUCAUCAAGAGUGACUUCUCCACCAACCAGAAGCUGGACGCAGAUCCGAGAUCCCAUCACCUCGCCUUGGUGACCCACACGACCAUCAAUAACCUUCAUCAUUUGGAUUCUCUGCUCGAACGCUGGCAGAAUCCGCUCUCUGUGGCGAUCUUCGCUCACGGCCAAGAUGUCAAGUUUGCCACGGCUUUCGUCUACGCCCUCAGUCUCUUCUGUCCACGCGUCCAAGCCUUGGUGGAUUUCCACUUGGUGUGCCACUCGGAGGAGAUUGCCAGCUUCCCGGAGCAAGACAGGGAGCACUUUGCUGGACUCGAGGAACAAGGCUGUCCUGGUGUCUUCGCUAAGCUCGAAUCCCACCGGGACAAGUACAAGAACUACGCUAUGGGAAGAAACGUCUCCUACCCCAAUAACCUUCUCCGCAACGUGGCCCGGACAGGCACGGACGCCGCCUACGUCCUCGUCCUUGACAUGGACAUGGUACCCAGCGCAGACCUGCAUCAUCAGUUUGUGAUGAUGCUGAUGAAGCGUGAGCCGGCCCCGGAUGAGGUUCUGGUCCUGCCUGCUUUUGAAAUUCGGCACACACGCAAGAUGCCUGCCACGAAAUCCGAGCUUGCGCAGCUGUACCUAGUCGGUGAGGUGAGGCCCUUCUAUGAGGAACUCUGCCCACGAUGCCAGGCACCUACCAACUACUCCCGCUGGAUUAAUCUGGUUAGCAAGAGCUCCGGACCUCUGGAGGUGGCGUAUAUGCAGAACUGGGUCGACCCGUGGGAACCCUUUUACAUCGGGGCUAAAUCGGUGCCACUGUAUGACGAGAACUUCAGACAAUACGGCUUCAACCGUAUAAGUCAAGCGUGUGAGCUUCAUGUGGCAGGGUUCAGGUUCUCCGUGGUGAGUAACGCCUUCGUGGUGCAUCGAGGCUUUAAGGUCCAGGGCGACUUCCACAGCCGCAAGGACGAAGAGAACCGCAGAAACCGCCUGCUCUUCCGCAGCUUCAAGGAAGGUCUGAAAAACAAAUACCCCAACUCCCCUCGCCACUGCUGAGAUCUCCCGGGGAACAUCCGGGCCUCGAUAGUGAAGCUUUAAGGUACAACAGAAUGAUGAAGAAAUGGGUUACCAGUGCGGCACUCUGGUGCAGAAGUGCUUGAUAUACGAUGUAAACAAACAAAAAUUACUCUUUGUUACAAUUUCCGAUGUUCUGAUGUCAUGGCACACGAUUUGGACUUGCAUACUAACUGUGUACUAAUAGUAUGCGACAAUCCAGGUGUAGAAAAUGUGACGUUUCUUAUCGAUUAUGUAACGUAUUGUGGUUGAUCUGUCACUACACCGAACGGAGAACAGGGUCUCUUAUCAACGUCACACAAUGCCAAGGAUAUUACAUUACUAUAUCUGUUUUAUGAUUACAUCCAUAUGAAAAGUUCUCCGUCUGUGUCCGAAAGCCUCGAUUGUGAAGUAUUUGCGUUAUUACUGUUGAUUAAACAUUCACACACACACACACACCCCCUCAGAUAGUACAGUUUAGCUAUUUUUUAUUACCCACUUUACUUCAUCUCGAGUCUUUUCGAGAUCACAGUGAACCAUGAACAGUGUUAUAUUCUACAGCGUUAAACACUGUGUCGUGAAGGAUAUGGGUGUAUCCAAAGGUAAGAACACUACAUCAGAAGAUAAAUACUGCAGAACUACAUCGUGUCCCAAAAGUCUCCAUACAUAGGGGACUACAGCGUUUGCGCCGAUUCUCGAUUGGUCCACAAAAACGUCCACUCUUUUGGAAUUUAUUAACAAGUUUAGUUACAGUGUGGUGUGUGAUGUGCUCACCGUGUGUCCUGUUAAAGUCCAUCGCAACCUUGCGACGGCUUCCUGAUCCAGCCGUGAGAAUGAUUUCAAUACGUUCUUCUUUUGUAUCCUAUCUGGCAAAAAAAAAAAAAAAAAAUCUCUAUAUAAUAUAAACUAAGUGUGAGAGAAUUUGGUGUUCAUUUCCCCUACAUACAGAGACGUUUGGGACACCCUGUAGUAUAGGUGUGAUGAUGUACUGUAGUGUAACUACACACUACUGAGACGGUCAGUCAGGUUCUCUUUACACUGAUCCCGAAGCUAUGAUAUGUGAAAGUAGACUGACACUGACCAACAGAACGCUGUUAGUAAUACUGAAUUUGAACAAAGUGGCUGUGUGAGGAUUGUGUAACGUGUGUCUAUAUUCACCUGGAAUUGUUCACAGAAAAGAGACUGAGAUAAAACUCCUUUAAAUUAUGAUUAUUGUGUCUAAAUGGUGUGAUUAAUUGUAACAUAAUUAAAGGUAUGUAACUGAUAUUAAAACCCCUUAUUAUUAUUAUUAUUAUUAUUAUUAUUAUUACGACAGCGUUGGUGUUACACUAAUUAAAACCGAUAUACAUUUCAUUGCCGCUGAGUAAGAAGAAAAGUGUUGAUUGCUAUUUUCCUCCUUAAAAUAGUCUUUUCAUAGCAUUUUUCUUACAUGAACCACUGUUUCAGAGCACAUGCUCUCUUCUGUUCUGACUAAAGGGUGUGAUUUGUACAUAUUUCUAUUUCAUUUAUUUUUUGCAAGAGUUCUUUGUUAAUGUCCGUCUUAACUGAUAACGUUGUGUUAUUUCUGUCUAACGCUACCUUCACUGUCGAUCUGUGUUAUUAUCCACUAAAACUGAACCCAAAUCACAAUGGCCAAUGUACAACACCGCUGUAUUAACACCAGGGAGAAGCGUAUAGGAGCUGACUGGUAGGGAUUUUUCUCCCAGUGUGUUUGUCAUUAUGCCUUUUUGUGUCCAUUUGUAGCACUUUUGAAAGUAUUUUUGAAAAGAUUUUUUUUUUUUGUUAUGUGAUCAUUUCUUUGAUGCGGUGAAUUCUAUAAUGACACUAUAAUGUAUUUGUCAGUAUUUGAGUAAUGCUUGACUUGUAAGUAGUGACAGGAUAUUUUAUUAUACACUGAUAAAUGAAUAAAUGUGUGUGAAUAUCACAG